GCCGACAAUCUGGUUGGGUAAAGGAACCUUUAUCAUCAUUUCCAAGGGCGUAUCUCGGAUAAACAGGGUAAUUGGACUCAUUUCCUCUCAGGGUAGCUUUAUUUAACAUAUUACGGCCAGCCCAAAUGCGGGAUUUGCAUUUUCAUUAAUGCACCAGAAGGAUGGCUGCAAAGCCACAGCCACCGAACAAGCCGGUCUCGGAUGCAGAGGCCAAGCCACGAAAGCGAGCGCUCGAUUUGCUAACAGAGGACUGCAAGCGGAUAUGCACCUCGUCCAUCAACAAACCAUUCACAACACUCCAGGAUGCAAUCGACCACCUGCUGCCGUUCCAUGUCCUGAGCAGCAUGGCAGGUGAUGAAGCAGACGCAGAGGAGGCUGAAGGCGCAGCAGAGGAGGGCAGUCGAUUGCUGUGUAGCAGGCGAGAAUUGGCCGCAGAACUCACCACGCGGCGCGCCGUGGAGCUGCACGCGCGAGUUGAGGACCUAGGUCAGCGGCUAGCAAAGCUUGAGGACCGCUACCGCACCCGCCACCAGCGGCCUCUGCCAGAAGAGGAGCUCUUCAUUGCCCAGGUGCUGAAGGAGGUUGCGGAGCGGACUCUGGAGGCCGAGCGCGCCAAGCCCACUGUGCUGAGCUCCGAAGACGAGUCAGAUUCCGAGGAGGGCGAUGACGGCACUGGGGCGUGAGGAUUGAGUGGGGUAAGGAACGCAUGAAAUGAAAGCUAGUGGGGUGGGGAGGGAUGCCGGGAGAGGGCUGGCAGGAGGCACGGAUUGCGUGUUGGACCGCACGUGGGCACGUUGGGGUGGACAGUUUGAUGGGAGCUGCUUAGUGACUUGGAGAGUCAUACCCGGUGUUGCGACUUCAUGCUGCUAGGUGAGGAGCCGGCCAGUUCCUCUAGUAUAGAUACAUAUUUCGAUAUUUGCCUUCUGGGUGUAGCUGGGUCAACUAGACGUAGAACUGUUCGGUAGAUGAUGCGUAUCAUAGAUAACGGGUGCGGCCCGUGGGAGGUUUUUUAAAAACUGCUUUAGAUAGCUGCUAUGUUGUCCGGAACGUUGCUGGUGGUGACUCUACCACCCGGGGUGCAUCCGGGAUUUAGGACGUAGCGGUAGCCCGGGAGUGUACGCUGGGUUGUAGAGUCCUGGAGCGCAUAUCUUGUUGGAGUCCAGUCAAGAGUUAAGCGGAUGCCCCACUGGCUGUCGGUGCGCUGCGCAUAGGUUUGUAAGGUGUGUCCUGACUGGGGACGUGAGGCGGGGUAGCAGCAGUCUUCCCCGGGUCGUGGGUGCUGAACAGAUGUCCGUUAACGUUACUCAACGCGCGGCGUACUUGCUGUCUUCUUCCUUCUGCAGGUUUAUUUGGCAUGUGCUGUGCGGCAGUACAAGUGAAGG